UUGAAAGCCCAAAUUUUCCCGGCAUUCGACAAUCUUACCUAUCAUACCGGUCAAGCUCACCUGCGGAUACUUUCCAUUUGAAAAUGGCGCCAACCGCAGCUACUGCUGCGCAACCGACUCCUCCGUCUCUUUCUCUCCCCCCCUCACAGUUCGCGCGGCUUCAACCUCACGCUUACCUUCUCGCUCACUUAUCACCUCCCCCAGCAAGCAACCAGCCGUCCAUCCGAGCCAAUGGCCGCGCCACCUCCCAGUUCCGUGUUACUUCUGCAAAUACCGGCUCCUUGACUCACACAAAUGGCAGUGCGGUGGUGAGACUCGGAGACACCACUGCCGUAUGCGGUGUUCGAGCGGAAAUCCUGCACACAGAUGAUAUCGCCUCGUGGAGCGUAUCUCGACCACCACCAGCAUCGUCAGCCACUACCUCCAAUAAGCGCCGGAAGCUAAUGCCAAGCCAAAGUGAAGACGACGACAGCGACGACGACGAAUCGCACAUCCAAGACUUCAACCUUGUAGUGCCUAAUCUCUCCUUGAGUACCGGAUGCGCGCCGGGGUUUAUCCCUGGCGCACCACCCUCGGCUAUGGCACAGUCAUUAUCGCAUCAGAUUCUUACAUUGCUGCAUAGCACCCGGCUAGUUCGUACAGAGGACCUACGGAUCUGGUAUCAGCCGCCAAACUUUGGAGCCGAGGAACUAGAGCGUCAUAAUGAGGAUGAACAGAUGGAUGUAGAUGCCCCUCAGGGCGAGGCUGCUACUGAGAAAAACAGGGAGAUUAAGGCUUUCUGGGUGCUUUAUAUUGAUGUCAUGAUUGUUUCGCUUGCUGGUAAUCCAUUUGAUGCUGCCUGGGCUGCUGUUCUGGCUGCCCUCCGUGAUACUAAGUUACCCCGGGCGUGGUGGGAUGUUGAUAAUGAAAUGGUGGUGUGCUCGGAGGCUGUCUCGGAGGCGCGCAAGUUGACUUUGCGGGGAUUGCCUGUUUCGAGCUCGUUCUGUGUCUUUGAGGCUGAUGCGGCUUCCGGGUGGAGAGCAGUUGUUGUUCCAGAUGCUGAAGAGGAGAGGGAGCUCGAUGACAGCGCUAGGAGGGGCAAUCAACGGAGAUGGAUAUUGGCUGAUCCCGACGGAUAUGAGGAAGGGCUGAGCCAGGAAAGAGUCUGUGUUGUAGUUGACAAAGAGCAAGGUGGAAAGGGGAAGACUGUUGUUCUGAAAUUGGAAAAGAAUGGUGGAUGGGCAGUGGAUGCUAAAGAGCUGAAAGCUCUAGUAGACAUAUCCGCGCAGAGAUGGGAGGAGUUAAAACAAAUACUUGAACAGUGUUAAUACUCAACUAAAUAGGGAAGGUUACGGUUAAUGAUACUAAUUGAGAACA